GACCGCUGGGCUCAAGUUAUCACCCAAGGGGGCCCAUUAUAUCAGUGUAUCUAACCUGCAACUAAUGCAAACAUAACAGUGGAGGAAAAAAAUGAUGCAAAAGAGUGAAGCAGCUGCAGGACAGCCACAGUGCGGACAGAGGAUGAUUUUUACAGGCCCAGAUGGAAUCGGAGACUACCGGCCGAGAUCAAAUUAUUUCCCUCGGUACAUCGGUGCAGGCGCCUCAUCACCUGAGGCCACAGGUGACCUCGGUUACUUGUGCCAAGCCGCACCACAUGCACCUCCUCCUUUGCCCAGACAGAGCUGGGUAGGGGAGGUUGGCUGGGGCUGGCAGUGUAACCAGCUGUUGAACAGCGGGGUGCUGCUCAGCAACAUGCAAAUUAAGAAGACGGAUAUACGGACAGCGUUGGAGGACAGAGUGACUCAGAGGUUCCAGAACAAACAGAAGAACAUGACGGAUGACUCACUCCGAGUCAACACCAAGUUUCACAGAGACACUCAGAGCUAACAGCAGAUGGCAUUCUACUUCCCACGGCGGCUGCAGGACCUGACUGUUAACGAGCUGUGUCGAGUUUGAUUAAACGUCUUUUAAUGUCUGUACAGUGUUGACUUUUCAGCAGUUUUAUUUUUCACACCUUUCAGCUUCAAUGAUUCAGACAGUGUUUUAUAAAAUAAAAAUAAUUUUGUGCAGUG